GGCCGUGAGUGGCUGUGCUGUCUGUCACUCAUCUUUUCACCACUUGUUGCUAGGGAGAUUGUUUGACACCCUCUAAGGGCGAAAGUAAAUAUUAGCAGAGGCACCUGUCACUUUUUGAGCUAAACGGAGAUGGGAGAUGGUCUCUUAGUGUUGCAGUACGUCUCAUUACGGGUACUUAUGUUGAACUAAGUGUUUAUACAUAUGUAAAAUUGUAUCCGGGUCGUAAAAAAUUUAAGGCAGCUAACAGCUAUCGUGGUAAGGACAAAGAUAGGCGCAGCUGUGCUGGAGGAGGGAGGGACCCUGCCCGCCGCCUAUCAGCUGUCGUUGGUGCGCGUGAGAGCCAGUCCAGCGAGCUUUCUCGACUCUCCCAUUCACCUUCAGCAGCAUCCACCAGAAGUAGUUGUCCUGUCAAGGGUGGGGUGAUGCGUGGCUCUGUUUUCAUCAGAUCUGCUCCGCUGAAUAUCUCAGACUGAGGAGGCUUUGCGCGGUGGUAUCGUUUCUCCAGGCAGGAUGGGGUGGUUUCAGUGGGCCAGCAAGUCCUGUUUUCUGUUACUGACAUGUGUUUAAUGCUAAUGUAGGAAUGGGAAGAAGAUACCCAGAGAAGUGGAAAUCUCAUCUUGGACCUUAGACCCCUUUCAAAGUUACUUUUGAAGACCCUCGGCCCUCUUAUGUUUGUGUUUUUGUUUCCAUCUUGUAGUGUUAGCAGAGAGUCAUUGAUCAAAAAUAGUCUGCCCCGUUUUCGUUUUUAUUUUUUACUUUCAUUUUUUGUUCCUUUGUAAAGAAAUGCUUUACCUGAAAAAGUACUUCACAGAGGGCCUGAUCCAGUUCACCAUCCUUCUGAGUCUCAUUGGGGUGCGGGUGGACGUUGACACCUAUCUCAGCAAUCAGUUACCCCCGUUAAGAGAGAUCAUCCUGGGGCCCAGCUCAGCCUACACCCAGACACAGUUUCACAACCUCCACAACACGCUGGACGGCUAUGGGAUCCAUCCAAAGAGUGUGGACCUGGACCAUUUCUUCACUACCCGACGGCUGCUAAACGAGGUGCGCCAGCUGGAUCGCCUCUCCGUGCCCAGUACUGAGCUCAACACCUGGCUUGUUCAUCGUGACACCGAGACCGUAGUUUCUGCCAGCAGUCAGUCCAGCCCCAGCAUAACCCUGGACAAUGGGGCCGGCCUAGAGGACAUUAACAACAUUGACCCUACCCCGGCCAUGAGGGGAGGAGGUGGAGCACCUGAAUCCACGUACAACUUGAACRCAGCGGACAGCAGCCUGGGAGCCGUGGCCCCAGAAGGAAACCAGGAGCAGGGCAACAGAAAUGGCAACGACGACCUCACCAAAGAGGACAUUGACUUGAUAGACAUCCUAUGGCGACAGGACAUUGACCUUGGUGCAGGAAGAGAAGUAUUCAGCUACAGCAACCGUCAGAAGGACACCGAGGAGGAGAAGCCCAACCCCCAGGAGAACAAAGAUGGCAACGAGGAACAAGACAGCUGGAGGAACGGCGUAAACUUACAAGGGGCUCAGCCUGUGGACGGGGAGACCGGAGAGAGCAUCCCAGAGCAGCUGCCAGGUCUCGGCUCACAGACUUCACUGUCACUGCAGGAGUGCUUGAGGCUGCUGGAAGCCACGUUCCCUUUUGGAGAAGAAGCCGAGUUUCCAGUCACCGUCGUUAACCAGGAAAUACAAGUGUCCAGCGAAGAGGUUCCCUCCACGUCUCAGAGCCUCCUCCUGGUGCCGCAGCUGCCCCCAGCUGAGCCUCAGUUAGACCUGGAGCAGCAGUGGCAGGACAUCAUGGCCAUCAUGGAGCUCCAGGCAAUGGAAGUGAACAACACUGCGCUCCAAACGAGCUCCGACAGUGGAAGUGCCACAAAUACGACAUCGGAGUCAAACCCAGCAGGAAACUUUGGACUUUCCACACAUUCCACCCCGAUAAACCAGGACGUGAGCCUUCACCAGGCCUCCCUCCCCAGCUGCAGCCAAGACUUCCCCCAGAUUUUCAACCCCCAACUGGACUCUGUAAGCAAUACGGCCCGGCCCGGCAUGCUCAGGCUGUCCUCCAGCAACUCCAGCAACAUCAACUCCACGUUUGGAGCCACUAACCUGACGGGGAUCUUCCUCUCGCCUGUCAACAGCUCCAGCAACGUCACAUCUGCACCUAACCUGUCCGAUCCGUUCACCACUCUGCUGGAGGAGUCCAUGCUGGACGAGAUCAGCCUCCUGGACCUCGCUAUGGAGGAGGGCUUCAGCCAGGCCCAAGCCUCCCAGCUGGAGGAUGAGCUGGACUCAGAUUCUGGUCUUUCUCUGGACUCCAGCCACAGCCCGGCCUCUCCGAGCAGCUCCGAGACAUCCUGCUCGUCUGCAGCUUCAUCCUCCUCGACUUCUGCCAACUUCUCUGAGGAGGGAGCUGUCGGCUACAGCACUGACUCUGAGGUGGCCACCGUGGAGACGGAGGAGGGGGCUGUCGGGGGAUACCAACCUGAAUUCAGUAAACUCUGCCGUAUGAGCUACCAGGACCCCUCCCAGUUCCACAACCUCCCUCAGCUGGACAGCAUCGGCCACAAUCACACUUACAACCUGCCGCUGUCCUCGGCCUUCUCCGAGCACCCCGAACUUCCCGUUUCAACCGGGAAGAAGACGGUUCGCGACAAACACAGCUCAAAGCUCCAGCCUGCUCAGGACCUGCUCGACAAACACUCGAGUCGUGACGAGCGCCGGGCCCGGGCCAUGAAGAUCCCCUUCUCCAACGAGAAGAUCAUCAACCUCCCGGUCGAAGAGUUCAACGAGCUCCUGGCCAAGCACCACCUGAGUGAAGCGCAGCUCGCCCUCAUCCGCGACAUCCGCAGGCGGGGCAAGAACAAGAUGGCCGCCCAGAACUGCCGCAAGCGCAAGCUGGAGACCAUCAUAAACCUGGAGCAGGGCGUUCAAGACCUGAGGCGUGACAAAGCCCGCCUGCUGAAGGAGAAAAUGGAGUUCAUCCGCUCCAUCCGGCAGAUGAAGCAGAAGAUGCAAAUGUUGUGCCAAGAGGUCUUCAGUCAGCUGCGGGACGAGGAGGGGCGGCCCUAUCCUCCCAGCGAGUACUCUCUGCAGUACGGCGCCGACGGCAGCGUGCUGAUCAUGCCUCGCGGCGUAACGGCCRCUCAGCAGAACCGUAAGCCCGAGAAGAAACAAAAGGACAAAAAGAAGUGAGGGGCGGACAGACUGCGGUUCUAUUCUAUCACUUUGCUAAAAUCAGUAAGAAAGAUUUGUGCAAGAGAGAGGUGCCCUUUUUUCUUUGAGAAUGUUCUGUUGGAAGAAAAACGGCGCCGACUUCUCCUCCUGCUUUAGUUUCUCCCUUUUCAUUCUGUUCCUACGUUUUCCUGGAAACAUCUUUGAAGCAGAAAUAGCUCUUUGAGUACCAACGUUUCAUUCUUUAGACAAGAAAAGGAGGAAUAUAAAAGGACAAAAACUGAGCUACUAAAAGGAAUAUUAGCUGCUUUUGUUCCUUUUUGCAUCAAACCACUAAGGAUGGAGGUUCAUACAGUGGAUUGACAUUGAGACGUGGAGUUAAACACUGGAGAUAAGGAUGGUUGGAAUCCCUAUGCACUGAGUGUUUGAAGGACUAUCAGAUCACGUCCCACAGUUUUUUUCUAAUAGUUACUGAGGCUUUUAAGUUUCAAACCUUCAGGCAAAGAACAGCGUCUGUGGUUGGGAGUUAAGAUACCAAAGGAUAAAGGAAGUCCCAUCUUUUUAGGCUGCCGUUAACACCUGUCCUAACCAAAGGUUGUAUGGUGCGUCACCUGAUCUGUUAAAGCGCUGACAGUGCACUCUUAUUCUGUAGGUUUGUCCUGCUAGUUCUAGUUUUGGAGCGGUGGCGUCUGAGUUUUAGCCAGCCCUCCUCUCCUCUCCCCAAAUAAAAGGAUCAGGUUUGACGUCCGCGAGUCAAGAUGUUGGGAUGUGGAGUCCGAGUCAGAGAGGUAGCCCAGAGGAGGCGGGUGGGUGAGUCCUGCAGGAGGAGCAGAGGAAUAUUUUUGGGAGGAGGCACACUGCGUUGCAAAAUGUAUCAGCUUUCUUAUAAAUUAUUCACAGCACUGUAAUUUGUCUUUAAAAGGCUUGGCUGUUUGCAUUUUGCCGUGUCCGUUGCUAUUCCUUUUUGCUGCAGGUUUAGGAAGGCUCUUUAUAAACUGUUCAUAAUCUGUAGUAUAAACAAGGUUAUAGGUCAUCKGCUUUACGUAAGUCUCUCCCUUUCCUUUCUUCGGUGAGAAAACUUUGCAGGGAGGCUUUGAUCAACAGAAAUUAAACAUACUGUGAUGGGCCAGGAGCUCCAGAGUACUGUAUUGUUUCCAGCUGUCACAGAUCACAUUUAUGGGUCAUUUUGUUUACGUUYUUCUCCUCGGAUGCCCCGUUUAAAGCAUUAAAAUGAAACCGGCUCAGCUGAUGCUGUGGAAUAGGCAGCUGUAUCCCUUUUGGAUUAAUUAAUUUGCCAACUUUACGCAGCCAAAAGCCACUCGAGGUCACUUUUUUUUAAACCUGCUGUAGGGCCUAAAUAUGAAGUUCUCAAUGUUUAAGUGUUGAAUAAGUGAGCCACGUUAUUAAAUGAGGUAAAAGUGGAGCGUAUGUGUGAAAUGACGACGUGUGUUGUGGCCGCUUUAACAUGAAUGCCUUUUUAUUUGAAAUUCACGUCAUUAUUGAAGGGUUUAGAGAAGCGGGUCGGAACGUAGAAGUGCUUUUACUCGUCUGAAUGAAUCCUGUGGGUGCGCGUGUUGUAUCGCUUUCUUUAAAAUACAAAAAAAAAUUUAAAAACUGGGUCUGUUGUCGCAGCUAAGAUAGCAGUUAGGUUAAAAUAUUAAGAGGCUGAACAGAACUUGUAACUUCAAGACGAUGUCCAAAAASAAAMRAAAAAAAAUUGAAACAUUCUUAUUUAAUGUGAUAUUCAGGCAUGAAACUCUGGUUCACUUUAAUGUAACCCAGUGCAGCACCAACUAUUAAGUACUGCUACUACUUAGUGCACUUUUAUUUUAUGUUCGUCUUGUUCUGUAAAUACGUUCACGUUUGUUUUUAUGUAGUUUGUCCAGCGUCUUCAUAACAGUCUCACUCUCUGCUUUGAGUUUGGAUGUAGUUCCCCGUUUUGAAAAAUGUACUGGCAAUCAAGAAUUGUUUUUAUUGAUUAAUAAAGUGUUUUUAUUUUCA